CCAGGUUGCCUUGGGCAAGAAGAGGUGUGUGGUAGACCUCCACUCAACACCAGGAUAGUCGGGGGCCAGAAUGCCCCUGCAGGAAGUUGGCCCUGGCAGGCCAGUAUCCACUUUUUCGGCUCCCACCUAUGUGGAGGAUCCCUCAUCAAUACGGAUUGGGUGCUGUCAGCUGCUCACUGCUUCCCCAGUGUGGGUGCAGGUGAUCUUGAGGUGUAUUUGGGUCGGCAGAACCAGGAGGGCAGCAACCCAAAUGAAGUGAGAACGACCGUGAGUAGGAUCAUCAGCCAUCCCAGUUACGACAGGUUCACCAAAGACAACGACAUUGCUCUGCUUCAGCUCAGUGCCCCAGUCACCUUCACUAACUUCAUCAGGCCUGUGUGUCUGGCUGCCAGUGAGAGUGUGUUCAUCAACGGCCCCGUCAGCUGGGUCACUGGCUGGGGAAACAUCAGGGAAGGAGAAUCCCUUCCAUCCCCUGGGACUCUACAGGAAGUGGAGGUGCGUGUGAUUGUGAACACACAGUGUAACUCUUUGUAUGGAGUCGGCACAAUCACAGACAACAUGAUCUGUGCUGGUGUACUCGCUGGAGGGAAAGAUUCAUGUCAGGGAGACUCAGGAGGUCCACUGGUGAGCAAACAGGACUCUGUGUGGGUCCAGUCCGGUAUCGUUAGUUUUGGAAGAGGUUGUGCUCGACCCAAUUUCCCUGGUGUCUACACCAGGGUGUCCCGUUAUCAGAGCUGGAUCAACUCCUUCAUCAACAGGAACCAACCAGGCUUCAUCCUGUUCACUGUGCCUCCUCCUCCAGUUACCACUGGACCUCAAAGUAAGAUAAAGAACUUGGUCAUUCUUUCAUUCAUGAUAAACAUGCUGAAGCUAUGA